UCGAGCCCGUGCGCUCCAGAUCUAACCGUCAGCAGAGAUAGCAGACAGCAGGCAAGUCCUCGCGCUCAGGCUAACUCGCUUUCGGUAUUGGUUCGGCAUGGACUCUCGUUCGAGCAUCCGUGGACCAAGGACGCUCAACUUUAAGAGUGCUCUGACGCUGUGGCUGGUGUUGUGGCUCGUGAUGUGUCGGUGUGCACCGGGGGAAGCAUGUCCUAAGCUGUGUGUGUGUUACCCGUCGCCCAUGACGGUUAGCUGUCAAUCACAGAACUUCACAUCGGUCCCCAGUGGUGUGCCGUACGACACGCAGCGCGUCUUUCUGCAGAACAACCACAUCACAGAGCUGCGCGCUGACUCAUUUGGGUUUGAGACACAGGUCCUGUGGGUGUUCUCCAACAACAUCACCUGGAUCGAGGCCGGUGCCUUCAGCUCCCUGCGCGUGCUGGAGGAGCUGGACAUGGGCGACAACUCAGGGCUGCAGCACCUGGACGGGGCAGCCUUCCGGGGCCUGGAGCGCCUCCAGAGCCUCCACAUGCACCGCUGCCGCCUGGCUACCCUGCCCGCUGACCUCUUCCUCAAGCUCUACAGCCUGCAGUUCCUCUACCUGCAGGAGAACCUGCUGACCCACCUGGCCGACGGCCUCUUCUCCGACCUGGUCAACCUGGCACAGCUCUUCCUGCAUGGCAACCGCAUCCGCACGCUGGGCGAGAACGUCUUCCGAGGCCUGGUCAACCUGGACCGGCUGCUGCUGCACGACAACAAGGUGCGACAGGUGCAUCGGCGUGCGUUCCGCGACCUGGGCCGCCUCAACAUGCUCUACCUGUUCAACAACUCACUGACCGAGAUGCCGGGCCAGGCCCUGAAGGACACGGUCUCGCUGCAGUUCCUGCGCCUCAACGCCAACCCCUGGGCGUGCGGCUGCGAGGCUCGUGGGCUCUGGGACUGGUUCCGGCAGGUCCGCAUCUCCAGCUCCGACCUUAUGUGCAGCACUCCUGCCCAGCGCCGCGGCCAGGACCUGCGCUUCCUGCGCGAGAUGGACUUCGCCCUGUGCCCGCUGCCCGACCCCGGCUCCCUGGCCGGCACCACCACCACCACCUUCAGCACCAAGACCCGCUGGUGGUUCUCCAAGCACAAGUCCCCCAAGAGUGCCGCCAAGCCUGCUGCGGGGAGUAAGGGAAUGUUACAGAAGAGCAUGGAGAAGAGUGUGCGAGGUCUCCCCUUCAAGCCCCACUACAACCAACCAUCUUCAUCAUCCUCCUCCUCCUCCUCCCCCUCCCAGUAUGCCCUGUCCCCAGAGGAAGUGGCUCUGCCCAAGGUGGAGCCGGAGGAGUACUGGGCCAAUUACGGUAGCGAAGACGCCGCUUCCAUCCGCUGCUUUGAGACGGACUGCUACGACGAUCCUACCAUGCUGUACUCCUCCUCCUCCUCUCCGUUCCUCUCCCCCGUUCCCCCUCUCCGCUCCCUGCUACUCUCCUUCUCCUGUGCCUUGGCACUCACCCUUCACCUCCUCUUUGGCUGAAGUGGCCAGGCUGUUCAUCUUUGAUGCUGGUCAAUCUCUGCUGCCCGUCAGCAUCUGAUGCACAUCAGUCUUAAUGGCGGCCAGUCAGUCAGCCUUAAUGCGUCAGUUUUAAUGCCCAAACUCCUAUGUGGUGUUUUUGCCUCCUGCUUGCCUUUGGCUUCAGUGCCACGAUGUUGUUAACAGGUGCAAGCCUGUUCACUUUUACUGGCGCAAGCAUGUACACACAUCAGAUGCACACACACACACACACACACACACACACACACACACACACACACACACACACACACACACACACACACACACAC